CCAGGGGCGGGUCGCUGCAGGUGCUCCCCGCUAACAGCUUCCUGAGGCUUCCUCCGCAGUGAGUCUCGGGCGUGAUCACCUGUGAGGCAGAUGCGCGGCCCCGGGACACCUGCAGCGGCGCGGGGAGCGUGUGAUGUUGACUGAUAGGAGGGCGAGCAGGUGAUGGUGGACUGGAGGUGGUGAUGAGCACGGCACGGCUGCUGGCGUGCAUGGCCAUGGCGGUGGCGGUGAUCUGGUACGGCAGCGGCAUCCAACACCAGCUGCUGCCUCCGCCCCUCCAGUCCGCCGCCACGGACACGCCUACUCACCGCCACGCCCUCGGAGGUGACCCACGCGCCUCCACACCCCAGCCCGCACCCACCCAGGGGAACCCCACGGCACGCCCGCCUAAAAAUGACCCAACACACGACUCCGCGAACACCACAGCUCAGCAGAGCCACCCGCGGGAGGGCUGGGAGACCGUUGUGCGCGGACGCCUGGCGCGGGUGGCCGAGGUCUGCAGGAAGCACCCGAGAGACCUCAUGAGGUUUGAUAUCUACGGCGUCUACAAAAGCCUGACCGUGGACCCGACCCAUCACAUCAUCUACUGCAGGAACGCCAAGGCGGGCACCACCAGCUGGUUGUCGAGACUGCUGACCUGGGCGGGCAUCAGCCUCACCAACACCUCCAUCAACAACAUACACAAAGUGGCUGACCGUAUCUUCCCGAUGGUGGAGCAAAGCAAGAUGAUGGAGCAGCUGAGGCGCUCGGCCGUUGCCUUCACUGUGGCCAGACACCCUUUUGACAGGCUCGUAUCUGCAUACAGAAACAAAAUUCAGGGAGACGAAAAUUACAAGACAUACCUUUGGCCCGAUAUGAUACGAAAAUAUCGGAAAGGAGUGAACAACGGGACUGUGCUGGACGGCUCGAUACCAACCUUCCGGGAGUUCGCCUUGUUCGCCAGCGACGAGGUGCUGCGGUGCCUGGGGCGGGCCAGGCCGAGCUGCCUCCAGAUGAUAGACGUGCACUGGCAGCCGCACCAUGACCGCUGCGCGCCCUGCAACAUUAAGUAUGAUGUUAUAGCCAAGAUGGAGACGAAGGAUGAGGACGAGGCAUACCUGAGCCACCUGCUGGGCCAACCCUUACCCGAACCGACCAAGCAAAACGCAGCCUCGGGCAACUCCACCUCCUCCCUUACCAAGUCUUUCUUUGCAACACUGAGCCGAAGUGAAAGGCAGCAAGUGUUUGAAGCCUAUAAGUAUGAUUUCCUGAUGUUUGGCUACUCCUAUAACGAUGAGGACUUCGCAUGAAGAAGACGGGAUAGCGGUGAAGUGCUUGUGCUGACUGGCAUCUGUAGUCAAAGAAUGUCAAAUAUUUUCAAUGAUAUUUUUGUGGCUAAGUUUAUAGUCAUCUUUACAGCACUUUCCGAGUGGGUUAAUUUAUUCCUGAUUGUUUGAUUUAUAAUUUAUUCCUAACUCAAAUAUGAUUAUCAAAGUCUUGGGAGAGGACAGACAUUUACAUGAGAUCAAUUUCUACACAAAUAUAUAUACUGUCAAGACCAUGUAGGGCGACCAUAGCCAUAAGGGGAGGAUGAGGGGCUGAGGCAUGGAGAUGAGGUACGUACGUAGAGGUAUCAAAAAAUAAUAAUUUAAGUCACUUCUGUUUCACUGCUGCACCAAACAAUCCUCUAGCCUGCUGGAGGAGGAGCCCUGCACUCCUUAACAAGUAUACUAUGAAGAAAGCUUUAAGAGCAUCCUAUAAAGCCAUGCCCAGUGUACCUGUAUUUGAAAACCCUUUGAAUUUGGAAUCGAGGCCUUAUAAGGAUGUUCCCGUUUCUCAGCACCACCACUGUAAAUAAGAAGUGUUUGCAUUUUCCUCUACACUUGUUGUCUACUCAAUUCAAGCAAAAAUGGCAUAGUCACAAGAAAAGAGAAAUGCUAUAAUACAAUAAAAAUAAAACAAUGGCAAGGUCUAA